CAGGCCGCCGGUGGCCGUGUUCCCGCCGUUACGCCGAAAAUUUGCGCCAGCGGAGGGAGACGGCGCGGCGGGAAAGCGCGGCACCGGAGUGCGGCGUCCGGCCGAGCGGCAGGGGCCGUAUCCCGGAUCGGGCGGAGUGACACAUUGCGACUGAAAAGUCGUCGCCGCUGCGCCCGGGAAUUUCCUGAUGUUACGCCACUGUUGCACCCUGGGAAAACUUCCUGCGUUCACGUGACCGCAAGGCGGAUGUGAGGCAAUUGGAAGGUUUGAGGAUUCCCCUCCUCCUCCUCCUCCUUCUCCUCCCCCUACAAACAAUCUCCCCAAAGUUUGCUGCUUUUGGCUCCACAAGGAGCAAAUUUGCCCCCCCCCCCCCAUCUCUGCACAGGUUUGCUCACUGAGACUUUGCACUUGAGCAUCUUCCCCCCCAUCACCCCUCUAAGUGCAACAGUCUUAUCACCACUACUAUCACCACCAUUAUCAUCAUCAUUACCCUUACAUUUUGUAACCCACUCCCACCAUCACCCAACAAGAGCCAGAGGAUACUAUGGCAUUUCCCAUGGGCAUUCCUCUCUACACCAUCAUUGUAGAAGAUGAGGAGGAGGAGGAGCAGCAGCGAAUGGAGGCCAAGCGAAUACGGCAGCAUGGCAAAAGACACCACCCGACCAGGUACUACCCACCUCAGCGUAUCUAUAGGCAACGCAGAUCCUUUGAAGACUUGUCGGAGGAUCUCUGCAUUCGAAGGGUGCGAUUGUCUAAGGGUGCCAUUGCCAAUCUGUGCGAACUCCUUCGUGAAGAUCUUCAGCCACACUCCACUGCUAGGACAGCCUUGUCUGUCGAAAUGAAAGUGACCACUGCUCUGAAUUUUUUUGGCACUGGAUCCUUUCAAGGUGCCACAGGGAACAUGUGCAAUAUCAGCCAAGGAGCAGUGAGGGCAGCCAUUCAACAGGUCACAGAUGUGCUCUUCAACAGAGCUCCAGGAUUUAUCAACUUUGGCAUCACGCCUAGGCAACAGCGGGAACGAGCAAAGGAGUUCUGUUGCAUUGCGGGAUUCCCCAAAGUUCAAGGUGCCAUUGGUGGCACCCAUGUAGCACUGAAAGCGCCAGCAGAACAACCACUUAUAUUUGUGAACAGGAAAGGAUUCCACUCGUUAAAUGUUCAGAUUGUCUGUGAUGCUCACCAGAAGAUCCUGUAUGUAAAUGCCAAGCAUGCGGGAAGCUGUCAUGAUGCUGUCAUUGUACAGCACUCAACUCUCCCUGACCUCUUCCACGAGGAUAACCACGUUCAAGGGUGGCUUCUUGGAGACCAGGCAUACGCAUUGCAAACAUGGCUCAUGCCUCCACUGAGCCAACCAAAAACCCAGGCCGAGGAAGCAUACAACAAAGCUCAGGCAGCGACGCGAGCCGUGGUGGAGAGGACCAUAAGACUGUUAAAAAGCAGGUUUCGCUGCCUGGACAGAUCCAGUGGAGCUCUGCAGUACACACCCCAAAGGGUGGCACGAAUUGUCAUAGCAUGCUGCGUGCUGCACAAUUUUGCGCUGCAGGAAGGCCACCUAUUCAACAUAGAUGAUGAGGAACCACUGCUGCCUGAGGAAAGGGAGUUGCAGGCCCCGCCAUUUGAGGAGGAUGAUCAGUUGGAGGAUUCAUCUCUGAUUGCUGCAAGGGCCAUUCAAAAUCAGAUUGUGCAGGAGGAGUUCAGCCACUGAUGAUGUAGCAGUUUUCCCCUGUGCCAAAUACCAAGCAAGUUUUCAUCCUUGAAACCACUACCGACCUUAGUACGUGAUUGCUGAGCAGCCCUUGAUGCCCAAAAAGCACUGUGACAAUAUUUAUGACCGGAAUAUAUAUGUUCACACCAGUUAGAUGUUCUUAUUCCAAAAUGAGUUUAUUAUUCACAAGUAACCGGUGCAAGAUGUACAGUAAUAAAGACAUAUUGUACAGUCGAAGCAACUGAAUAUUGUGCUCAUUAUUUACAUGCUGAUUCAUCUUGGUGAUGGGCUAUCACUUCCGAUCACCCUCAUCGGUUACUACUACGACUUUGUACCGCCUGAGGGCCCGGCAGGUGAUGAGUGGCACCACCUGCUGUACAGAAGGUGCCAUAGGACUGAAGUGGCUGUCAACCUAUUGGCUGCUGGGGCGUAUUGAGGAGCUGCUACUGAGUGUUUAUCUGGAGGGAGCUCAUGGGCAGCCUGGUCUCAUCUGCUACCAUCGAACUGUGAGGAGGACUGGCACAUGCCUUUGUCCUGAGAGGUGCCACAAUCAGGCAGGUGGAUUUCAGUCAUCGAACCGAGCUGAAGCUGCCCACUGCACUUUCAGAACACAAUUAGGCCAGAACUUGCACCACCUCGUAUGUAGGUGUUUACCCAGGAAAUUUGCGUGUGAUAUUACCCCCUGCUUGUGAACAGCAUAACUUUCUAAUGCAGUGGAUGUAGCAAAUUCCAGUGUUAACAGCAUUGUUUUGGGUAAUUGGAUUGUUUGCAAACUGCUCUUUCCAAUCUUUAGCAAAUGUAGAUUUAGUGUUUACAUAAUGAAAGCGAAACAUUUCUAAACUCAUAACACUAAUUGUUUUGCAAAUGUAAUGGAAUCUCCCUGCACUUGUCAAAGGGAGUGUUCUGUGAUAAAUCUCAAAUUUGCUCAAGAAUGCACUGGUGUUUGCAGUGAAUGUGUCUUCUCCUGUUUGACUGUGCAUUAAAUAACUUCAAGUUGCUAAUGGGCAGAACAGCAAAAUACUAUUUACGGUAACCACUAACUUUAACUUAACAAUAGCAGUAUGUUUUACUAUUUGUAUGAAAUAGAAAAUGUCAAUGUUAGUGAACUGUCAGAGCAAAAUGGACUUGAAGAAAAAUCCUCCAGGGUUAUACAGUGAUAAGGACAUUUCCAUGCUUUCUACAUCAAUUACAAAUACAAUAAUGAUAUGAUAAAUGUGCAUACUGCAUAUUCUGUGUACACUGCAUGUAGCUCUACUGAAGAUGCCUGUUGGAGUAGAAAUCUCUAAGUCUAAUCUGGUGUAUUGUAAACAUGGUAGAGCUCUUGUCAGAAGUAAUUGUUUUUAGACCAUUCCAGAGAUUUCGAGGAAAAUAAUCUAAGCUAACACUUCAUUGUGCACUGUUGGAGGUUUGAAAUGUCAGAGCUUGGCCUACCGAUCCUUUCAGUGGGUAUCAAAGAUCCAAUAGCAUUACUUCAAGAAUAACCGCAGAGUUUUCUUGGCAACGCUUAUCCUUCACCUGACACCAUUGAAAUGGAAUGUCUGUUGUCAUGUCUCAUUGCUGCUUGCCUAGUAUCGCAACAGCGAAUACACUUCAGAAAAGUACUGUACCUCACUGGUACUGAAGCAUCAGGGUGCCCUGAUGUAAAUGGUGCUACCUUAACACAGAUUUUUCUUUUCAUAUUGGGUUUGUUGCUGACUGCUGCAUGAGUCCAAAUGUCAGCAUUUCAGUGUGCCGAAGCACAGAGGUGGUAUGGAGCAGAAGGAGACCAUUUGGCCAUAUGGUUCUCCCACAUUUGUCAGUGGUGUCUGCUGCAUGGAGGAUGUUAAAAGCUAUUCUAGUGAAAUUUCCACUUCUGUCAGCCUGAGCAAAACGCGCAUCUUACAGGUUCCAAGAAAUGGGUAGGGAGAACUUAAAGGGCGAUUACAAAAUUGAGGUGAAAAUCAGAAAUUGUCAGAAGUGCACAUCAGAAUCUGAAAGAGAAAUCAAGUGAGCUCUUUAUCAGAAUUGAUUCUUUGAGAGGUUGAUGGGAUUUUUUUAGAAUUGCAUUUUUUAUGGAGUAUAUAUUAAUUUCUGCAUCCUAAAAUUCAAUGUUGUAUAAUUUUUCUUAUAAAUCAGUGCUAAAUAUAUGCUGGAGAUAGUAGGAACUGCAGAUGCUGGAGAAUCUGAGAUAACAGGGUGUAGAGCUGGAUGAAUACAGC